AUGCACCCCUUUUCCAUCCUCACCCUUGGGAUCUUCGUCGCGGGCUACAUCACCGCCAGGUGGGACCUUGUCACCCGUCUUUACGAAUUGGCCAUUUUCGCGUGGGAUCACGGCGUCGUGACACGCACGUUGAAGGGUUUCUUGUUUCUGUCGGUCUUUUUCUUCCUCCUGGUACUUCCCAUUCAUAUCUUGGCUUCAAGGGAGGGCACUUUGCACCCGCGCCACACACCGGAGGAUGACAACAUGAUCAUGGGUGAUGGGCUAUUGCGGGUAUUUUGGCCAUAUGACCUCCCGCGAUCCUCGUCGCCCGGAGUGAUAGUUGGAUGGCGGAACUCGGAGCCAGAUCUAUUUGUCCUGACCGUGCUGGAAGAUGUUGAGCCACGGAAUGUUGACAAUGCGCUCCGCGCUGGGAUCCUCUUUCGAAAUGCCCCGCAUCCAAUUGUUCGCAUCUUCAGCCUUUGUGGCAGAUCUCAAAUGCACGUCCUCGGUUCAACAAACUCAAGCGAUGCUCCGACGUCUUUCAACCCCGCACAUCUAUAUGUGACUACGCAUCCGCCGUCGAAAGCACCGCAGAUAUAUUGUCCCCCGGAAGCCCAUUUAUCGGUUCAGGUGAUCAUGUUUCAUCGACCGCAUCCGACGCGCAUGGAGUAUAUGUCCUUGGAUCCGAUCUCUCUUGCGCUAGGAGAUAAAGUGAAGGCGAUUGAGAGAGUGGGUGCAGUUGCGAGCAAGGUCGAGUCUGAGGAGGAGAAGGAGAAAGCUAGGGCUCAAAUCCUGGUUGACAAGUUGAAGUUCCAUACGGUGGUCAAACAUGUUCCGUCGCAGAAGGAGCAGGCUCUUCCUCUGAUUGUCAACCAGGUCAAUUGCGCCUACGAAAUGAGUCAGUUGAUGCAUAGAAACAGUCAUCUGAUUGGAAUUCGAGCUAAACGGAGCAUGAGCGUUGGUGAGCGUGUUGUGGAAUCUGCUACGACCUUGUGGGGACUUCUUGUUCUCUGCGUGGCUCAUGUAUUCUGGCAGUGCUUCUGGCCCGUCCUCACUAGGGUUUUUGUUAUCGGACUCGUGGGUCAUCGGUCAAUUGCGGAAGUUGUCUUACAAGUUCUGGAGUGGCGUGUCAGACCGGAUGCUGCUGCUAUUAAGGAUAUAUCGGCAACUGCGCAGCAGGUUGAUAUACGGCUACAGCAGUUCUGUUACUGGCCGAUUCAAUAUGUCAAAUUGCGUCAAAGAAAGGACAAUUGGGAGAGUGUGACGACUAGCCAUCCGGACUAUAUCCGGUUCUACAACAGCCUGUGGCUUGUGGCAAAUGAUGUGAUCAUUGGAAUUGCUCUCGGAUCAUAUAUCAUCGACAACGCAAACUGGGUGGCCUCUCAGAUCAACCUUGUUCUCACUGGCUGGACUGUUGAAGGCCUCCAACGCACAAUUUCGUGGCUGAUGGACUGGCCUGCCGGUUUGAAGUUGAACAACGAGCUUGCAGCCUUCCUCGGUGAUCUCUUCCUCUGGGUCAUUGAAAAUUGGGCAGCCUGUAUCGCCAACCUCCAACCCUACCUGCCUGCCGUCAUAUACGUUGUCGGUUGUUCCAGUUUCGCAGGUGCCAGUAUGCCCAUCGCCCUUUUCUCUGACCUUCUCUCUAUCCUGACUGUCCACAUCUACUCUUUUUACAUCGCUUCUGCCCGCAUAUUCAACUGGCAGCUCACCAUCAUCAUCUCACUCUUCCAUCUAUUCCGCGGGAAGAAGCGAAAUGUGCUUCGCAAUCGAAUAGAUUCAUGCGACUACGACCUCGAUCAGCUUUUGCUCGGAACCAUUCUCUUUACAGUGCUUUUCUUCCUUUUGCCGACUGUGGUGGUUUUCUACUUGACUUUCGCCUCGGCCCGAAUGUUGAUCAUUACUAUGAAAGCCGGCUUCGAUACCUGUUUGGCGUUCCUGAACCACUUCCCUCUAUUUGCGCUGAUGCUACGCGUGAAAGACUCGAGGCGACUACCAGGUGGUAUCCGCUUCGAGCUACGGGACGAAUUGGACAAAAAAAGUGAAGAUUCUGAAUCUACCUUUUCUUACAUCCAUCUCGAGUCUAUUCCGCUUCCGCUCCGUGCAAUGUUCGACCAGUACUUCCAACUCGGCCACCGACUAAGAAAACACUAUCUCGCACCACGAGUUAUCUUCUGCCUCGCCACUGGCCGCUUCGUGCCACCUAUUCACCGCCGUAACUUGUAUAGCAUGCAAUACAGUAUGCUUCCUGCGCACCGCGUUGGAAUGGCUGAGGUGUGGGCUAUGCUCACCCAGCCGAAGAAGGAAAACGGUGGGGAGCAGUAG